AUGUCUCCAUCACUACGCCUCCCAACGGAUGUUCCAAUUGUCGAUAUCCGCCAGAGCAAUGUGAGCUUUUCUCUGGCAAAUGAUAUCCAAAAGGGCAUUAACCCCCCCGAGGGUACACCUCGGUCAAUGCCCACCAUGCUGCUUUACGACGCCGAAGGGCUCAAGUUGUUUGAGCGCAUUACUUAUCUGGACGAAUACUAUUUGACCAAUGCAGAGAUUGAGGUUUUGACCAAUAAUGCGAGAAGGCUCGUUGAGAGGAUUCCAAAUGAUGCGCAAUUGUUGGAGUUGGGAAGUGGGAAUCUCCGGAAAAUUGAGAUUUUGCUCAAAGAGUUCGAGCGUGCUGGUAAGCAUGUCGACUACUUUGCGCUUGAUCUGUCCUUGUCCGAACUCCAGCGUACCUUUGCCGAAGUCUCAACCGAAGAAUACGAGCAUGUGGGAUUACACGGUCUGCAUGGUACCUACGACGAUGCUGUCACUUGGCUAAGCGCCCCCGAGAAUCGAAUGCGGCCAACAGCGGUUAUGUCAAUGGGUUCGUCUAUUGGGAAUUUUAGUCGCAUAGAAGCGGCCGAGUUUCUAGGACGUUUCGCUAAACUCAUGACGCCAUCUGACGUGAUGAUUAUCGGCCUGGAUGGCUGCAAGGACCCGAACAAAGUGUACAAAGCUUAUAAUGACUCGGAGGGUGUCACUCGUCGAUUCUAUGAGAACGGUCUGGUACAUGCAAAUAAAGUGCUGGGAUAUGAAGCAUUCAAGCCGUCUGAGUGGAAGAUCGUGACCAAUUUUGAUGCUGUCACAGGACAACACCAGGCUUUCUACUCCCCUACCCAGGAUGUCAUCAUCAAUGGGGUUGCACUACCCAAAGGCGAAAAGCUUGUCUUUGAAGAAGCGACUAAAUAUGGCCCUGAGGAGCGAGAUCAAUUAUGGAGAGCUGCUGGUCUGAUCCAAGGUUCAGAACUGGCGAAUAAAUCAGAUGACUAUCAUAUUCAUGUACUUUCAUCCGCGGCGCUUGACUUGCCGACACAGCCUUCCCAGUAUGCUGCACACUCAAUCCCGAGCUUAAGCGACUAUCAAUCAUUAUGGACUGCAUGGGAUACUGCAACAAAGUCCAUGAUCCCUCGUGAGGACCUCCUAUCCAAACCUAUCAAGCUGCGGAAUGCGUUAGUUUUCUAUCUGGGACACAUUCCUACCUUUUCGGAUAUCCAUUUGACCCGAGCGCUGCGAAGCAAACCUACCGAACCGAAGAACUAUCAGUUGAUUUUUGAGCGCGGUAUCGACCCCGAUGUAGAGGACCCUGAGCAAUGUCACUCUCACAGCGAAAUCCCAGACGAAUGGCCCCCACUGGGUGAAAUCCUGGAUUACCAAGAGAGAGUCAGGAGUCGCGUUAAGUCGGUUUUGGAACGCGGGGAUCUGGUCUACAACAGGUGCCUUGCUGAGGCUCUCUGGAUUGGCUUUGAGCAUGAGAUCAUGCACCUUGAAACCUUCCUUUACAUGCUUCUUCAGAGCGAAAGAACGCUCCCCCCUCCGGCUGCCGGCCAGCCGGAUUUUGGGAAGAUGUAUCUCGAUGCCAGGAAUGAAGCGAAACCCAACAAGUGGUUCACUGUUCCGGAGCAGACUCUGACAAUUGGCCUGGACGACUCUGAUGAGAGCGCAGUACCCCGGGCCUCAUUCGGAUGGGACAAUGAGAAGCCCUCCCGGAUUGCAAGGGUACAUGCAUUCGAAGCACAGGGCCGGCCUGUGACAAAUGGCGAAUACGCCAAAUACAUGCAAGCCAACGAACUUCGCGAGAUGCCGGCAUCUUGGAUUCUGACGCAUGGAAAUGAGGAUUACCCCAUACCUGAAGCAGUCAACGGACAUAGUGUCGCUGCCACGAAGGAUUUCAUGUCCAACUUUGCAGUGCGCACUGUCUAUGGUUCUGUGCCUCUAGAGGUCGCCCAGGACUGGCCGGUGAUUGCUUCGUACUGUGAGCUUUCUAAGUAUGCUGAGUGGACGGGUUGCAGAAUCCCGACUUUUGAGGAGACUAGGAGCAUCUACAGCUACGCGACUCGGUUGAAGAAAGAGAGGCGACACAACGUGGCAAAUGGUCACAGCAAUGGGGCUAAUGGAGUCGCAAAUGGAAACGGCUAUAGCAAGAGCUCUCAGCCAGUCUAUGUUGAUCUCGACGGUUGCAAUGUUGGGUUCAAGCACUGGCAUCCGACGCCCGUCAUUCAGAACGGUGACAAGCUUGCCGGCCAGUCUGAAAUGGGAGGUGUCUGGGAGUGGACCAGUACACCGCUUGCUCCUCAUGACGGCUUCAAGUCCAUGGAGAUCUAUCCUGGAUAUACCUCGGAUUUCUUUGACGGAAAGCACAAUAUUAUCCAGGGUGGCUCUUGGGCUACUCAUCCCCGAGUUGCAGGAAGAACAACUUUUGUGAAUUGGUAUCAGCAUAAUUACCCCUAUGCCUGGGCAGGAGCACGUUUGGUGCGCGAUAUCUAA